GCGGCGCGCGCCCCCCCCCGUGCCGCCGCCGCCGCCUCCCUCCCCCCCCGCCGCCAUGCUGCCCGCCGCCGCCGCGCUCCUCCGCCGCUGCGCCGUCUCCGGCCUCCGCGCCGCCGCCCGCCGGCCCGCCGGCCCCGCAGCUGUACUGCAUGCCCGCUGCUACUCCCAUGGGUCACAAGAAUCAGACGAAGAAUUUGAUGCUCGCUGGGUGACGUAUUUCAACAAGCCAGAUAUUGAUGCCUGGGAGCUCAGGAAAGGUAUAAACACGCUUGUGGGUUAUGACCUGGUUCCGGAACCAAAAAUCAUCGAUGCAGCUCUGAGGGCAUGCAGACGGUUAAAUGACUUUGCCAGUGCUGUCCGCAUCUUAGAAGUUGUAAAGGACAAGGCAGGACCUCACAAGGAAAUCUAUCCUUACGUUAUCCAGGAACUUAGACCAACUUUGAGUGAACUGGGAAUCUCCACUCCAGAGGAACUGGGCCUGGACAAAGCAUAAACCUUAUCGGUGCAUUACUCAAGCAUUUUACUGAUGCUACCUGAUUGUACACAGUCGCCUGAAGACACAAAUGUUAAAAUAUGAGCUUAUUUGAAAGAGCUUCUUCCUUUAUUGAGUCACAAUAUAUGUGAUGUGAAGUUGGACCUAAUAAAGGAAAAACUGGUUUGACUGA